UUAGUUUCUUAACAAAUGGGUGGAAUACUGAUCGAAUUUCAAACUAAGGGAUGCCAAGAAAUUUUCACCAAACUCAGGGUAGAUACAUGUUAUUCAGGCACAGCAAAAGCCCAUGCUCUUUCUUCAACAACCAGAUAUCAUCGCCCUGGUACUUCAGUAGGACUAGAGCCGAUCACUAACCUGCAGGAACCAAACAUGGAAAUUCAUGAAAAGGAAUCCCAAUAUCUCCCACAAGUGCUACUCUUAAAACCACCGCCUGACUUCGAACUGUUUGGAGAGGAAGCAUUUCCCUCAGAAAAAUUUCAGUUCUUGAAAGUAUGGAAGUCAACACUCCCUCUCGAUCAAUUCUUGAAAACACAUGCCCAGUCAGUUGAAGCCAUUUUGUCCUCCGGCGGCGCCCCCGUAACAGCCGAGAUCUUACUGCUAAUGCCAGCGGUUCGAUUAGUCAUGACCACCAGUGCUGGCUUGAAUCACAUAGACAUAGCGGAGUGCAGGCGCCGCGGCAUCUCUAUAGCUAAUGCUGGAAAUGUUUUCUCUGAAGAUGUGGCGGAUUUGGCCGUUGGUUUGCUGAUUGAUGUAUUGAGGACCGUGUCUGCGGCAGAUGGGUAUGUUAGACGAGGCCUUUGGACUGCUAAAGGCGACUAUCCCCUGGGUUCUAAGCUUGGUGGUAAGCGAGUUGGGAUUGUCGGUUUGGGGAGUAUUGGCUCAUUAGUUGCUGAAAGGCUAGUCACCUUUGGAUGCCACAUAUCAUACAACUCAAGAACGCAAAAACCAUCUGUUCCAUACCCUUUCUAUUCGAGUGUCCAGGAACUUGCUGCUAAUAGUGAUGUUCUCAUCAUUUGUUGUGGAUUAACUGAAGAAACACGCCACAUGAUCAAUAAGGAUGUUCUGUCAGCAUUGGGGAAGGAAGGAGUCAUCGUUAAUAUCGGACGCGGGGCUAUUAUUGAUGAGCAGGAAUUGGUUCGGUGUCUAGUGCAAGGAGAGAUUAAAGGUGCAGGUUUGGAUGUUUUUGAGAAUGAGCCUGAUGUUCCUAAAGAGCUUUUUGCAAUGAACAAUGUUGUUCUGUCGCCUCAUCGUGCUGUUUUUACAUCGGAAACUUUCCAGGAUAGGCAAAAACUUGUGGUGGCUAACUUGGAAGCUUUCUUCUCAAAUAAACCACUACUCACUCCAGUUGUGGAUGACUGAUGUAUUUUAGGAAAGAUUUUAUUUUGUUCAUCAUGGAUUUGGAAAACCAUCUCAUGUACAACACUCAUUGUCCUUUUGGAAGUGAUUGGUGGUAAGACUGUCAGUUUAAAUCUCUAUAACAUUAUUUAUUUUUUAUCCUA